GAAGGGGAGACGACUCUAAAACAGCGCGAAAAAAUGGAAAGGAGAAAUUUUCUUAGAAGGAAUAUAUACAAUAUAACAAAAUACUUAAAGGUUAGUGACAAAAAAGCUAUCCAAAUGGAGAUUCAUAGAACUAAUAAUGAAUCCUCCCAGAGAAAGAGUUCAAAGAAAGUGGAAAGAAGGCACUUAAAGGAAAUAGAAAGUUUACUACGAGACAUCAUCACAAAGCGUAUAGAAAAUGAAGACAACAAAAGUAAAAACACUUCAACGGAAGCUAAAAUUAUAACAGGUGAAAUGAUUAGACUUGGAUAUACCUUCAAGAACAAAAGAGAAAAUCAGAUUUUACUUCUGUCUGAUGAAAGCGAUGAAGACGAUUUUUUUGCUCACUCCCUGAAGAUUCAUAAAGAGAAAUUAGUGGUAUUCUACUACUCUUUAGAAGAGCCUGAUAGCCCAGGUUCUACUGCAUGCAUGUCACAGAUGUUAAGAGCCUUGAAUGAUGGGAAUCUGUCUCAGUCACAAGCAGGUACUGUUAGCAUCAGUAGUUACUUCCAGAAGAAAAAUCCUUCUUGUACAGCUGUCAGAGACAAUAAAACUGAGUCAACCAGUGAGAGAAUCAACACCGAGUCUACAGAUGGAAGGACUAAGGAAAAUAUGGAUCAUCAUAAAGAAGACUUUUCAGGUUGUGAUGGAAAACACCAUGCAAUCAAGAAAAUGGUAAAACGUUGUGCACCUGCUCUGUCAAGAAGAAUGAAACGUAGGAAUGUGGUGGCUACAAACUCUAAAGCAGCAGAUGUUUAUGACUUUGACGAUUCCAGGGAUAGUAUGGAUACAAAAAAUAACUUUGAUUCGGUUGAAGUGUCAAAUGAUGAGUGUGAUCAACAUACAAGUACAGAACCAAGGUUGUCCUCAGAAGCGGAUGGUCAGUGUUGCCAGGACAGAGGAUCUCCAUCUAAGAUUCUAGCUGAAAUUGCCUCCAGAAAUUGUACAGAUUUUGACCAUUCCUCAAGGAGUUCUUCAGGAGAAAGCUUGACUGAUAGAAUUAGGGACAAAAAUAUACAUGUAUCAGAUUCAUCUGGAAAGUCUUCAGAAAGGGAUUCAAGUGUAGUCAUUGAAUCUGAUAGCAGCAGUACCUGUGCAGUUGACACUACUUUCUUUAAGCAAAACAACAACAGUAAAAGUGGCAGCAAUCCUGUAACGAUGGAAACUUCUUCGAAUGAAUCCAACAAAUUGAAACCAGAUUCUGAUGAGAUGGAAGAUAGUGGAAGAGCACAACUUACAAGCAACAACUCUUACAGGGACACACUUUUGAAUUCUUAUUCAGAAUUACCAGAAAUAAGUUUCUUGAAAAGGACUUCAAAGUCAUUGCUUGAGAAUCAAAGGGAGGGAACUCUGAAUACAGAUUCAAGUGAUAAUUCAGACACAGAGGUGAUAAUACAAGAUUCAAAAGGUGGGCCUGAUUCACCCAAAUUUGACAGAGCGGUAGGUGUUAGGGCACGAAAGCGACCUUCCUGUGUGUUGAAUUCUUCUACUGAGGAUUCAGUGUGUAAAGAACAGGGAGGUGAUAAGAGGUCAAAGUUGAAAAGACAAAGGGUCAAACACACUUUACCUGAGUUUUCAACUGACCAGUCAGAGGACAUUGAUAACUUGCCAAAUGUAGAGGAGAGGAUCUCUUCUAAAGACGUUGAAGUGAAUGAAUGGGAUGGACUGCCUGUUUUAUCCUCUAGUCGGAAUUCCAAAAGAGAGAAAAAUGACAAGAAUAGCAAUAAGAACACUGGAAUUGAAUUUAAGGAUGAGAUAUUAACCACAGUCUCUCAUCAGGAUGAAGCAAAACCAGUAGAAUCUAGUGAUCCAAUGGAUCAGUCUGGUUCAAGGAAGAUUGUACUUUUUAAAAGGCCAAGGACUAAUAAUGUGAAAAAAGAUACCAAACCUAGAGUGUUCUCUUUCAAGAAAUCCUCAAAUUCCAGCAAAGUGAAAAGGCAGUCUAUCUUAAACUUCCUUACACUCAGCCAGCAGCAAGAACCGUGUGAGGAGGAGAAAGAUGAAGUAGAGGGGGAUGGUACAGAUUCUGGUAGUCUGGACUGUGUUAUCAUUGACGGACUGGAUGAUCUUAGGGAGCCUGAGUUCAAAGAUGAUGAAUCAAAAGCUAUUGAGAAUGAGAUGAAUGAUUUAAGGAAAGUAGAUGAACUAAAUGAGCAGCAGUUACAUUAUCUGGUCAUGAAAAACAAAGUCUACCUACAGGAUAUAUUCUCAGGAAAGAUUGCAUCAGACCGACAUGAAGUUUAUAGACAAGGAGGAAAGGCAAGAAGGGACUUAAAUCACCAUGUUCAUCUGGGAUUAUUCACAGAAGAUCAGCUUGAUGUUGUUAUGGAAACCUUAAUGUCAAUAUUUUGCAAGAAGCAUCACAAGUACCUGGAGUACAUAAUGAAAGUCCUUCUGCCUGAGACUCUCAUCAAAAUCUACAUGGAUCACCACAACGUAUCACAUGACAGAGCAGAGGAAGGAAUGUUGGAGGCACUCACAAUUCCAGGAGGAAUCCAUAUUUAAUGUGACCUCAUUAAGGGGCAAAUUCUGAUACAGAAGUCUGUGAUAUGGCAUCAUCUUGUCCACUUCAUUAAGAACCUCAAUUAAUACUGUAUCACUUUUUAAUUUCUCAGGGGAAAAAAACAUGAAUCUAGUCAAGAGUUAUCUUCCUCUUCACUGUGCUAAUGAAGGAUAUCUGUUAGCAUUGUAAGUAAUUUCCUGUUUUUGCAGAGUAGACGAAUUUAGAAUCUUAUUUUUUUCCCUCUUUUUUUAGAGGUAUUGUUGUCUUUAACUUGAUGUUUAUGUGUAUUGUUAUAUGCAUGUUUAAUUGAACAGUAUCUAGCUAACAGUCACACAUAUUUUGCCAAUUUUACGAACUUUACAGACUUUAAAGUAUAAAUGUUGUUUGGUCCUUCCAAGACUUAUUUUCAGUAAAAAAGAUAUGGCAAACAUGUAACAUUUUGAGUGAAUGUUAGAAUGUUUU